UCGUCCAUGGUUAGCCCCAUCCCGCGCGCCGGGCCGUGGUUUCAUGGCCGCCAGUACACCAACAAUAGGGUUGUCGAGCUCCGUUCGCCCAUAUAUACCCACCCUCCCCGCUUGGCAGCUCCACUGAACUCACCCACCUCUCCCACCGCCAAGAGCAGCAGCGAACUGCGAAUUCUAGCUCUGAAGCAGCUCAAGAUCGGGCUUGCCAGAAGAAGCCUUUCUGAGUACCAUGGCGGCAUCAGUAGCCUGCGCCUUCUUCUUCGACGCCGAGCCGGUCGGCGAGCCCGGCAACCACGCGCUGGACGCGUGCGCGCUCUGCACCAAGCCGCUGGCGCGCGACAGCGACGUCUUCAUGUACAGAGGCGACACGCCCUACUGCAGCGAGGAGUGCCGCCACGAGCAGAUGCACCUCGACGCCGUCUCCGCCAGGCAGGCCGCCCGUAGGCAGCAGCGGUUCUCGGCGGGAGCAGAGUCCGGGUGUGCGCGCCGAGGGGUAUCCGUCGGGAGCUGACCGGCGAGAGUGGCAGGCUGCAUACGUGCCUGACGAAGAAAGGUUAUUAUGCUUGAGCCAGCAUGGUCUCCGGGCACCAAGCCGCCGGUGUCCGUGCCUCCGUGGCUAGCUGAUCAAGUAGCGCGAGGACGAGGAGGCUUGCCUUGCUUGAAGAAGCACGGGGCGGGUCGCUGGAGUCGCUCAUGGCAGGCCGGCGCUGCAUGUGCCACCGGUCAAGUGAUUUGGGCAUAAGCGCAGCGGAAAAGGGGCUGGAUUGGAUCUGAAGAAAGUCGAGCAAACAAGAUUCCCCAUCUCAUGUCUGUCCUAAUUUUUUUUUGUCAGCGUUAGGCAUGUAUAAUAAUGUUAUCUUAGUAAUGCCAUGUAAGUUAAAUGAUGAGGUGGAAGAGAGAAAAUUUAUGAGAUAAGGUUUGUCUUCUUUUAUUUAAUUUAACAAAGAACCAGAGGUUACCUCU